AUUUUGGAAUCAUGGCACGCGGAAGAAUCCGCGCUUAUCAUAGCACAAACGAGAAAAAAGUACCCCGAACUCAUUAGGAAGCGAGUCCAAAUGACAGAGUAAUGCUCAUAGAAAAAGCAAAUUUAAUCACUAUCCGCGCACUAAGUGAAUAUCUCUCUCAUCAAUUUUGAAAUGGUUAAUCAUUAUCCUUGUUGUUCCGGACAUUAAAUAGCAGUGUACACCGGUCGGCGACGCUCUUUACAUUUCCAUCAGAAACAUGAGUGUUGUUCUUUUGGUGAUUUUUGCAACUUUGUUAGGUGCACUGUGCUACAAAUGGUAUCACUUCAACAAACUAGUCGAACAGUUGGGGUGGAUUCGCCAACCAAAGGGUUGGCCUUUGAUAGGACACGUUUUAGAGUUUAAGGAUUCUACAACUAUGUUGAACGAUCUCGCGAGAUUGCACAAGCAACUUGGGACGAAGCUCAUAUUAGUGAACUUCGGAUUAUCUACGAAUAUAGUGUGCAUGGAUUAUGACUUUACCGAGUUCCUGUUAACGACUCAAGAUAUUUUAAACAAAGGAGAUGACUACAAGUUUCUUCAUCAGUGGAUUGGAACAGGACUGCUGACGAGUGACGGUCCGAAAUGGAAAAAAAGAAGACGACUUAUUACUCCUGCAUUCCAUUUCUCUAUUCUCGAAGAAUUCAUUGAGUCGUUCGAAUUGAAUGGGAAAGUAUUGGUUCAGAAGCUGAAAAAUGUGACCGGAAAAUAUAUAGACAUCCAUAGAUACAUAACAUUGUACGCUUUAGAUGUUAUAUGUGAUGCAGCAAUGGGUGUUACAAAGAACGCCCAAAACGACGAAGAUUCUCAAUAUGUACGGGACGUCAAGUUUUUGCUGAAAAUACUCUCAGAGCGAGCCAUUUCAGUUUUGAAAGGUAAUGACCUCCUGUUUCCUCUGUUUCCUGAUUUCUAUAAGGUCAAGAGAGCUGUGAAACAUCUACACUCGGUUACCUACUCUGUGAUCGAUUCAAGGAGAGACGCUCUGAAUCAAGUCGAGAAGAACAAAGAUAUAAUGAAGAACGGUACAGGAAAGAAGAAGAUGGCGUUUUUGGAUAUACUGUUGAAGUCUACCGUAGAAGGGAAACCAUUGUCAAGAGAUGACAUUCGAGAGGAGGUCGAUACAUUCAUGUUUGAAGGACACGAUACCACGUCUUCAGGAAUGGGAUUCGCUCUAUAUUUACUAGCAACACAUCAAGAUGUCCAGAAACAAGCGGUUGAAGAACAAAAACAAAUAUUCGAAAACGACAUAUUCCGAAAUAUUACCUACAAUGACUUACAGAAGAUGAAGUACCUCGAAUGCAUAAUCAAGGAGGCACUCAGAUUAUAUCCCUCAGUGCCGUUGUACGCCAGACAUACUACAGUAGAUGUGCCUUAUAAAGGUAACGUAAUUCCUAAGGGAGCUGACAUUAUAGUAUUUGCCUAUGGUAUCCUAAGAGAUCCAGAUUAUUUCCCCGACCCAGAAAAAUUUGAUCCGUCGAGGUUUGAAAACAGCGAUGGGACGAAACCGUAUUCAUACAUUCCAUUCAGUGCCGGGCCACGUAACUGUAUAGGCCAGAAGUUUGCCAUGUUAGAAAUGAAAUCAACGCUAUCGAAAAUAUUGCGAAAUUUCGAGCUAUACCCAACGAAUCCUGAACAUAAACUGAUUUUGGCAUCGGAAGCAGUGCUAAAGUCUGUUAAUGGUAUAAGAAUACAGAUUGCGGAGAGAAAGUGAUAGACCUAGCAUGAAAAUGCGUUACUUAAAUGUAAAUACCUGUAUAGAUACGUAUCAAUAGUGUCUUAGACAACCAGAAUAUUAUUUGGAUAAUAUGUUAUAAAUUUAUUUUUAUAUAUAAAAGUUUGAAAUCAAUA